AUGGACAAGAUGGACAAGGCCGCAGACGACCUCUACUUCGCCCUCCCGCCCGCCGCCAUCCAGCAUCACCACCACCACCAGCCCCAGCAGCAGCAGCAGCAGCAACAGCAGCAACAGCAACAACAACAACCACAGCAACAGCAACAGCAACAGCCAGAGACAAGACGCUCCAAGAGACAGCCCGAGUUCAGCCUGCCGCCGCCGCCCACGCGCACCCGCAAGAUCAUCCAGGUCAAGCCCAAGCGAGACGAGGAGGCCGACCAGCAGGAUGCCGCCCCGGCUGCCACCACCAAGAAGAAGUCCAGCGCUGCCACCGCCGCAGGCCGCAAGAUCGCCCGGCGCACCGCUCACAGUCUGAUCGAGCGUCGCCGCCGGUCCAAGAUGAACCAGGAGUUCGCCACGCUCAAGGACAUGAUUCCCGCCUGCAGGGGCCAUGAGAUGCACAAGCUCGCCAUCCUCCAGGCCAGCAUUGAGUAUGUAAACUACCUGGAGAGCUGCGUCAGAGACCUCAAGGCCGCCAGGCGGGAUGACACUCCCACCUCGCCUUGCUGGCAGCCCUCGGCAAACAUCCAGAUGGACUCGGCCAGCUCAUACUCCGUCUCCCCGGAUAUCCACCCUUCAACCGCCAACACCUCCACCAUGCCUUCACCGGCGCAGAGCCAGGGCCACCAGACCGCCUCGGCGGGAUUCGACAUCAUAACCAUGGUCCUGCCUUCGCCUGCUCUCAGGCCUACCACCACUUCAACCACUGCCUCCUCUGCCUCGCGGACUUACAGCAUGUCCACCACAGCAACCUCUACCAACACUUCACCGCUGCUUGUACCCACCGGUGGGGACGACGUUGCCGUGCAGGACGACGACGUAGACAUGGACAGAGAGGCUUCUGCUGCUCUGCUCAUGCUCAACACCGAUAGACGGCAUUCCUCGACUUCAGCCACCACCGCUUCAGCAACUACCUCGCCCACUAUAUGGCCUCAUGCACAUGCACAGCACACACUCACACAUACACAUACACACGCCAGGCGUAAGCUUGGCAUGAGCGUACAUGACCUGCUCACCCAUUAA